GGUCGGGCCUUUCGCUUCCGCGGUGGGCGGUUCACUUAUAUUAGCGUCCCAGUUGCCGCUUUGCAGCAUUUCGCUUCGGACGUUCACCCGGUAACAUCUAUCAAAGAGGAAUAGCCAACAUGAACAAGGUCAUUUUCGCCGUCGUUGUUGUUGCAGGUCUGGUUAGCAGCUGUUUUGCUGCCUGCGACUUUGGUGCCAUAGGGAAAUGCUCAGAUGAAUUGGGAAAAAAAUCUGGUGGCCAACAAGACAAGUCAAGCCUCUGCAGAAUUUACGGCGAGUUCAAAAGCUGCUUGGGAUCUAUGAAAGACUGUGAUCUUUCUGAUACACUGAAAACUAUGGAAAGUAGUCUGAAGCAGUCAAGCGGUGUUGACUUAGGCACAUGCUCCGCUGGGACGAUGGUUCAAGUGUCCAUAGCCUGUGUCCUCCUGGCCCUGUUUGCGUCCAUGUUUACGAGAUAAUUACAUCCACCGAGUGUCUUAGUCCACUUCUGUCUUGUUCUACCAUGUCACUUUUAUAACUACAAUAAUUAGUCAACAUGUCUGCUUUAGUCAGUAAAUUCAGCGGCCAGAUAAACGUUUUUCUACUCAACAAAGUAACGUCUUCGAAGUGUCUGUCAUCAUACACUAUAAUAAAAUGUUUUUAUAAGUUUA